UUUUCUUUUUAUGUGUAUUUCAGGCACUUCUCUGUACCAAAAAUUCCACAUAUAAAAGACAUUGAAAAAUUCCAAGGCCGCCAGAGUCACAGCCAUGAUUACCGAGAACCAUCUUCCUACGAAGGAUGUACAGUAGUGGUGUUAGGGGCGGGAUCAUCUGGCUUGGAUAUUGCUCUGGAGUUAUCUUCAACAGCAAAAGAGGGUACCUGUUUGCCUUCCCCUUCUUGUCGGAGGAGUGCGGUAUUACCGUAGAAGACAACGUUGUUAAGCCUCUAUACAAGCACAUCAUCAACACCAAGUAUACAUCAAUGGCAUUUAUUGGUAUACCUUUCCGGGUCUGCAAUUUCCCUCUAUUUGAUUUCCAGGUUCAGUACUACAUGGCAGUGCUACGAGGGGAGGUUACUUUGCCAUCGCAUGAGGAAAUGGAUGCUGCCAUGUCUUCUGAGCUCCAUCAGCAUCACCGCCUGGGUUACGAGGACAGACAUUUCCACAGGCUGGGAUUGGAGAGGCAGAUGAACUACAUUAAUGAAUUAUCAGCAUUGGUUGGCAUUCCAUCUCUUAGAGCUUCUAAUCAAACUAUUGUAAAGAUCGUACUCCUCAGACUUUUAUUUUCAUACUCAGUGUUCAAAAACUAUCAGUAUAGGGUUGGAAGUGAUGAGAGUGUAACAGAGUUGUUGGAAGGGAGGGUAGUGAACACUUCGAAGGAUCUGGGAUGGUUAGUGACCGUACAGAUGGCUCGCCUUCUCUACCGGGACUUCUUUGGUGUUGUUAAUUUUGUGUGUGGUAUGUUGUUCUCAAAGAUAAGGAGCUUUCUGGCUAAAUGCUUUUUUAGAUCAGAUUGAUUAUUUUUUUUAUACAAGUGCACCAGAGAAAAAGGAAACUAUCAACAUGAUUUUCCCUAUGACAAGGGACUGAUUGAAGGGCAAAAACUACCCAUAUAGUGUGGAAUAGUUUAUAGCCUUGUAUGUGGUAUUCAGAAGGCAUUUCUCUAUCUUUCAGGUUGAACCAGGUCUCUAUAUUACCUGAAUAUGCAGGUACAGGUCCGCCAUCACAAAUCCGGAAAUCAGUUAUUCAGUCCCUUCAGUUACUCAGCACUAAUUUUGGUAACGUAAUUUCAAAUUUCCAGGGUCGCCACACAAACCUGCUGGUACUGUUUGGUGGCGCUACUUGCUGCAUAAGUCAUUCCAAUUUCUUUUUCUCCAUUUAUUAUUACAGUGGACCCCCUCAUACCGAUGGCACCACAUAAUGAUUAAUCCGCAUACCGCUUGCUUUAAUCGCAAAAAUUUUGCCUCGCAUACCGCUUAAAAACCCGCUCACCGAUUUUCGUCCGAGACGCGUCCAAUGUGCGCCCUCAGCCAGCCUCACAUGUGCCACCCGUGCCAUUGUUUACCAGCCAGCCUCCGCGGUAACAUCCAAGCAUACAAUCGGAAUAUUUCGUAUUAUUACAGUGUUUUCG